AUGGGUAAAGUCUUUACCACUCAGUCCAUUACAACAUGGAAUGAAUACAAGGGAGCUUUCUUGAACCAAUUCUACACUAAGCAAAGAUCCAACUCUAUAAGGAGCAAGAUUUCUGGUUUCAAGCAAGAUUCAAUGGAGUCAUUCUAUGAAGCUUUGGAGAGAUUCAAAGAGUACACAAGAAGCUGCCCUAACCAUGGCUUUUCAGAAGGUAACCUUUGGAACAUCUUUUACAAUGGGAUUGAUCAUAAAUACAAGCUUUCUCUCGAUACCGCGAGCAAUGGUAAUUUCAUGACCAAGUCGGUGCCGGAGGCAAAGCUUUUGAUUGAGAAUCUCGCUGCUAGUGAUGCCAAUGCGUGCCCUGACUACAAUAGAAGCGUGAAGACCACGAGCUCAUCAGAAUCAGCUCAAAUCUCGGAGCUAAGGAACAUGGUUUCACAACUACUUAAAAGCCGACAAGGAGUUCACGCCAUUGAAGAUGCCCUAGCCACAAAUGAAGACACUCUUAUGGAUUUCAUGAGAGAUGGCGCUGAAGAGAAUCUAGAGGAAGUCAACUACAUUGGAGGAAACUAUGGGAAUAGAGGAUUCAAUCCACCAUUUCGCGCGCAUCCAAACCUAUCAUACCGGAGCAACAAUGUGGAGAAUCCAAAUGACCAAGUCUACCCCAAUCAAGGAGCGUAUCAAGGAGGCCAAUACCAAUCCAAGCCACAACAAGUCUAUCCAAGAGGGAUGUACCAAGUGAAGCAACCAUUCACUUUUUCUCAAGAAACAAAUCCAACCCAAACCGGAGAGAAGUUGACGUGGCGUUGA